AUGGAUGUUUUUUUUAAAAGCACAUAAAGUACUAGAUUAAAUUGAAACAAAGCUAUUUUAACUCUAGAAGAAUUCAUAAUUUACCUUAUUCUGCAGCAAUUUAAUUUGAAAGGUAUAAAAGCGCCUUCCUCUGAAACCUUGCCAACUCUCAGGGGUCCUAGAAACUCAGAACCUCCAUCUCCUAAACAUAUAUUACUAUAUAUUGAAUCUUCUCAACAUGCAUACAUUAUAUAUACCAUUAAAAUUAAAAAAAUAUAGACCUUCUUGAUAUAUUACCAUUAGGAAUUUUAUCAGAAUAAUAUACAAGAAAAAAUUUUUCUGGAAAAUCAAUUAUGCCAUCAUGUUCAGUAUCGAACUUCGAUGCUCUUCCUGAUAUCAAACUUCGCUGCCUUAGAAACAUAGACCCUACACCUACAUAUCCACAAAUUAAGAUUUGUGAAAGAAUUUUGCCACACUUGCAACCUUCAACAAUUUCAAAUUCUUCCAAUGGCAAAAUAAGGGCAUAUGCAGCAAAUACUCAUCAAGGUCUCACUCGUCUCUAUAAUGAAGAUAAAGCUGUAAUUAUUCUAUAUCAUUUUUUAGAAAUUGUUAUCUAUUUAUAUUAGCUCAGAUGCUGUAAUUUAGCAAAAAUAAUGACACAAUUAUUCGGCUGGAUGCAAGUUCUUUUUUGAGAGGAUAAAAAUCAAAAGUCCAGCAGCAGAAAACAAAGUCCAAUGGCCAAAUUGUUCUUUUUUUGGGCUUUAUGAUGGACAUGGUGGUAAAGCUUGUUCAAAUUUUUUAACUCUCCCUCAGCUAAUGGGUUAAUUUGUUAAAAUAGUGAAAUAUCCCCUAGUAGUUUUGCUCACCUAUCAAGGGGGAAUAAGAGAAAAUUUGCACCAUUACAUUAUCAAUGAUCCUCUUUUCCCAGAAUUCCCAAAACAAGCCAUAUUAAGAGGCUUUUCUCAAGCAGAGACUGAAUUUUUGAAGUUAGCAAAAGAAACUAACGAAAAAGCUGGCUCUUGUGCCCUAGUAGUAUUAAUUGUAGGGAAAAUGUGCUAUAUCGCAAAUUUGGGCGAUUCAAGAGCUGUUAUUAGUGCGUAUAAAGGUCAGCAAGCAAUUUCUAUAACGAGAGAUCACAAGCCAGAUGAUCCUGAAGAGCAAGCAAGAAUUUAUCAAAAUGGUGGAUCAAUUUAUUACAACCCAAAUAGCAAACACAUUAUUUAUAUGCCUUUUUUAUUUAAGUUUCUAUAUUAAAUCAUAUUUAAAUUUUAUUUGUAAAUUUAGUUAAACAAGGUAUAGAGUAUCACCAGGACGACUUUCAGUAAGUAGAACUAUUGGUGAUAUAGAUGCUAAAGAUCCAGCAUAUGGAGGAAAUCCAUAUGUUUUAAGUGCUAUACCAGAGGUAAAAUCUUUCAAAAUAAAAAAAGGUCAUGAUUUUAUCAUGAUGGGCUGUGAUGGAAUUUUUGACGUCAUGAGUUCAAAAGAUGUAGUCUCAGCAGCUUGGAAUAAUAGUUUAGUAUUUGAUGACUUAACAGCGAGCUUUUGUAGGAAUGGGGUCGAAGCAAUUAUUACUCAAAGUAUGAGGAGAGCAAGUUCAGAUAAUCUCACCGCGAUUAUUAUUUCUUUUAGCCAUGAGAACCACUACAGAGCAAAAUCUAAGUGUGCUUAG